UGUAAAACCGUCUCAUCCCACUCCGCGCGCUGAUUUACAGUGGAGUCGACUUCAGCUGCACGAGACAAACGGCAGCAAUUAUCCCGCGGAAAAGAUCGCGCGACACCAAACAUACGGCAAAUCAGCAUCGCGAGCGCUGAGAACAAACAAUCUGAGAUUUCAUACUCCCUUUUAAUUCUCUCGCACAUGGAGAAGGACUAUAGAAAAACUGACAUCUCCAUCAGAUAUUCAUGAAGCUUGGAAUGCAUUGUGAUAUGGAGAUGCGAAGAUUUGUGGAGGUUUAAAAACGGUACGAGAGGAAUAACGUUUUGAACCGCACUUCAUUUCACGGAUUACUUCGAGGUAGAUUUUAUCUAGUGAAUAGGACUCACAGUUGGGUUACCUCAGCCAGUUCUUUUUUUAUUUUUUAUUAUUAUUUAUUUAUUUUUUUAUUCCUUUUUUCCUCGUCACAUUUAAGGAAAUGUCCAUUAAAACUCGCUCCGGAUAUUGACAAUUUUGACAGCUCCGCAAAAACGAAUGUGAAAUAAGGAACACCUUAAUGUAGCCUGGGACUGGACUGGUAAAACGCAUUUAUUGUCUUUCCAUCCCGUCGCUUCAUGUUUGAGGGGUUUUUGGACACCAAAAGUCGACAAGAAAUCGACGAAAGUCAUUUACGCGUAUGCCGUAACAGUUCACUCUGGUAAAACAGUCAUUUAUAAAGCCUCGAUACUUUCGUUUGAGCCUCGUCACUUCUGUAGAUGAGCUCUGGUUCAAUUCUAACCUUCGUGCAGGGUGUUAAUGGAGAGGCUUUCGAAUGACAGCCGGGACAGUGGUAAUUACAGGUGGAAUUCUAGCUACAAUAAUCUUACUGUGCAUUAUCGCGGUACUGUGCUACUGUAGGCUGCAGUAUUAUUGCUGCAAGAAGGAGGAGUCGGAGUCAGAGGAGGAGGAGCCUGACUUCGCCGUCACAUCCCGCCUGCCGCAGGAGCAUUCAAACCACAACAUCCUGGCGGCCACUGUCCCCACAGCAACCACCCCCAAUGGGCCUGGCCUCUUCACGCCACCUCGGGCUCGAAAACUGACACGCUCGCAGACCUACUGUCCGUGUACACAUUAUGAUCUGCCCUUUUACCUGCAACAGCCAGAGGGCCUGCGGAAUGGCGGUGAACGCAUUAGCUACCGCAGCGUGCAUCAGCAAUAUUUGGGGCUGCCCACUCCAAUACCCACUCCGCUGCCAACACCGUUUCCCACUCAGCUGCCAACACCGCUACCCAACUACCACAAACUAAAUCUCAGCCGUUCGGUCACCAUGAGAGAAAUGUUCCAGCGGAGUUGCAGCAUUAGCACUGAGGUCUAGACAAUCUUGCAACUUAGACUGGAUGUCCAAAUGAUGCGCUCUGGCAACAGACUUAAAUGUCAAACUAUGUACUUCAAUGUUUCAUAAAACUCUGUCUUUUGCCUGCAUAAACUCAAUGGACUUAGGAAAAUUACUAGAGUGUCAAGUUUUCAGGAAGACUCCUAGUGUAUUUUUUUGUAACACGGCGGCACAGCUAUUGUUAAUGCUGCUAAAGAACUAUAAGGGCAAAAUAGGAUGAGAUGGAAGUUUCUUUCUCUUUCCCUUGUUUAGUUUUUUCUAACUGGAAAGACUCAGACUAAAAGACACAAGGAGAUGGCUGCUUUCUAUGCUUUCCUUGCAUUCAAGACACACCAAUACAAGGAAACUGCUGACAUUUACCAUUUUUGAAUAUACAGUCUAAAUUGAAAAUUUUCUAUUGUUCAUGUGGCUUAUGUAUUGAAUUGAAUUUAGCUGAAUUAUAGCUUAAAAAAACUGCUACCUACAUUGAUUUAUCAAACCAACAUAUUCUGAAACUCUUGGGUGGGCUGCAAACCACUGAAUCUAAACAUGAUAUAAGCAGAACAUUACAAGAUGUAUUAGAGUUUGAUUAUGAGGAAACAUAACGGGAUAAGAGGCAUUAUUUUUAACUGACAAAUGUUUUGGGGCACCACUCUGUGUGCUAAUAUUAACAUGAAUUGACGUUUUUCAAAAGUACAUAAUAUUUGUUCUGUUUUGGAUGUUUAAAUAAUUUGUUCCGCUUUAUUCACUUUUCUGGUUUCUAAAAGGUUCAGAUUUUUGGUUCAUCUAAAAUUAAAUUUCUCUCAUCAUUUACUCACCCUCAUGUCAUCCCAGAUGUGUUAAACUUUCUUUCAUCUGCAGAACACGAACACAUUUUGUUUCGACAAUUUCUCAACUCUGUAGGUCCAUACAAUGCAAGUGAAUGGUGACCAGGACUUUGAAGGUCCAAAAAGGACACAAAGGCAGCAUAAAU